CGGUCCUAUUGGCAGCAGCUUUGAGUUUGAAAAGAACAAAAAAAUAAAAAAUAAUCGCAGCUUUUAAGGACCCACCAGCUUCAAAGCUUCAUAGCUGUCCAAACAGGAAAACCCUAAAAAUCUUGCGAGUUUACCCGCAUGAUUGGAUGAAUUCCUCCAGCAUCAUUCUCCGCGCCGGUUCUCCUCUGCAACCUUGUAAUCUGUUUUUCCAUAUUGUGCAGCACAAGGAUUAGGGUAAGGACUUCUCUGCAACAUUGACAGGUUUUGAUCGUUUAGUUUAGUAAAGGAUACGAUAAGCAUUGGAAUCAGCAGUACUGAUGAAGGACCGGCGUGAAUGGCGCGGCGACACUUUGAGUCACCGGUUUGGUCGCAGCAGAAGCCCAGCUAUGCGGCAGCAGAGGCCGCAGGCGAUGCCUCAUAGGUCCUUUGACCGUCGGAGUUCGUCAAGAGAGCUGCGGCAGGAUCAUCCAUUGAGGCGCUCCGAUCAUGGAAAGGAAAUUAUCUAUAACCAUUCACCGCUCCCUCACCACCGCUAUCGCUUACCGUCACCACCAACCUCAUCGCGUGAUGAUGAUUUCAGAUUCCAACACGAAUACUUACUUCCAGAACACAAUUCAUCUAACCCUAGCUGGAAGACUUCACAGUCGAUCAAAGAUAGAGAGUUUAUCAUCCAGAUUAAUGAAGAUUUGCCACCCUCCUCACUGGAUAUGGCGGAACAGGGCAUGCUGCGGCAAAAUUCAACCCUAACCGGAGAACGCACAUCCCGGUUCAUUUAUUCAGACCAGAACUCCGACACAAUGAGAUGCAGAGGAGGUGGUUUUGGCAUGGGGAUGCAGGAAGUUGAGUUACAUUCUUAUAAUGAUGGACAUAGGGGUCCACAUGAUAAUAUGGACGGAAGACGUAUGCAUUCCAGCGAUUUCUCCAUCCCCAACCUGCCUUCCUCACAGCUGAGGCCUUUCAGCAGUACUUCUUCAUCAGGCAUAUUGAAGGAGGAGGUCAAAGGGUUGCACCGUAGCCCUGUAUCUGAUGGGCUUGCCUAUGGUAUUGGCAGACACCCUAAUGACCCCUUGGAGCAUUAUCCUUACCAUCAAAUUCCAAAGUCUGAUCCACUGAGGCCUAUACCGCUGGAUAUGUCUCAAACACAUGAUUAUGAUGAGCUUCAUCCAAGAGGCCUAGAUGAUCAUCGACCUAGGGUUCAAGAUGAAACAUAUAAAAAGAUACCUUCUGUCUCCCUUUCUAAUUUCAGGGAUCCCACUUCUUCAACUAUCUUAGACUAUCCUGGAGAUUGGAUGGACAAAGAUGUCUCUUCCAACAGGAAUUUAAUUCAGAGAACUUUUUCAGACUGUCACCAUGAUUUGAAUCGCGGUGUUUCUCAUAAUUAUGAUGAUAUGAGAACUACACAAGAGUUACUAACCUAUUCAGGUGAUUGGCAGGGUGGUUUGCGAGUUAAAUCAUCACAAGAUUAUGAAAGGAUUCCUUUUGAUGAAAGUCGUACUCCUGAAAGAGAUUUCUUCUCAUCGUCUCACAGAGCAGAACAUAGGAAUAGUAAGCCUCUGAUAUCAGAUCAUGGCUUAGACGAACAUAGGCUAUCAAUGAGUGCUCAUGACAUGUCACAUAUGGAUGUUUUACGUGAUUAUGAUUUAGAAAGGAUGGAGCGAAGAAAUCACAGCAUUGUUGAAGAUAUAGAUGAAAGUCAUUCACGAGUCUUGUUUAAGAAUGAACGGCGUUACUUUAAUGAAAGUGAUGAAAUUUUACGUGAUUAUGAUUUAGAAAGAAUGGGCCGAAGAAAUCAUAACAUCGUCGAAGAUUUACAUGAGAGUCAUUCGAGAGUAUUGUUUAUGAAUGACCGGCGUUCCUUUAAUGUAAGUGAUGAAAUGUGGGUGACUGAAGAGCGAUCAGAGCCCUCUCUGUCGAAGUCAAGGCUCAUGAAACACUCCCGUUAUGGAAAAGUUUCUGGGGGCAUUUCAAAAUCUGAUGCUUUUAUGCUGUCAAGUGGUGCAUCUUCCAUGCACGCAGAAAGGGAUCUUAAUAUUAAUUUAAAGAGAAGAUUGAAGCACACUCGUUCUGAUUUUCAUACUAGGUAUGUCUCAGAAAGAAGACCAGAUUUGUUAAGGUCUCAUAAGAACUGGAAGAGGGGAAUACAGGAUAGGCUUGGUGCUCAAGGUGGAGGGCCUUAUGACAAUCAUGCUAAUGUUGUGAAGAAUGAUCCCUCAGAAGAUUCAGAGGAGUUUAAGCAGCAAGUUCACAAAGCAUUCCUCCGGUAUUCUAAAUUGUUUUAUGAGACUAGACAAAAUCAAAGAAUAUACAAAAACCAAGGAAGUAGCUACAGCCUACUGUGCAGUGUAUGUGGAAGUACGUCAAAGGAGUUUUUGGAUACAAAUAGCCUAGUUACACACAGCUACCAUUCUCUAAAGAAGGGGUUGAAAACAGAACAUUUAGGUUUUCACAAAGCAUUAUGUGUUCUUUUGGGCUGGAACUGGCGUGUACCUCCCGACAAAUCAAGGGCAUAUCAGUCCAUGCCGGUUGCUGAUGCCAAAGCUAUGAGGGAUGAUCUUAUUUUGUGGCCUCCACUGGUAAUUAUUCACAAUAUUUUAAUUGGAGAUAAUAGUGGUACCAAGGAUGCAAAAGUUGUUACCCUUGAGAGCCUGGAAAAGAAACUCAGAGCUUUACUAAACAGGGACAGAAUAGUCAUUUUUCUAGAAACAGCUAUCCCACAACUGUUUUCACACAGCCGCAACAAACAGACAGUCAGCUUCCCCACAACAACUUUCUAGAGCAGUGCAGCUGCAACUGAAAAGCUGAGAAGCUGCAGCUGCGCCAAAUAAACCCUUCAAAAGACUCGGGCAUACUGUAUAAAACAUGAUUUUAACUUGUUAUCAAAUGAAAAUAUGACACUAAAUAAGACACAAUGGAGAAAAAUGAUUCUUGCAGCUGACCUGACUUGGUGGGAUAAAGGCCUGUGGUUGUUGUUGUAAAAACUGCUUAAAUCAGGCGGGGUUCUCAAAUUCUGCAUUUCCCGUUCACCACUAUAAUUGCCCACUACCACCGCAUGCAUCACCUGCUCGUCCACAUAUCACGUUUCAUCAUCUAUAUGGGAAGAUUAUCGCAGCAAUAUGAACUUAUUCACAAUAGAUUGCAUCCAUGUAAGGUCAUUUGUCAGCCAUUAAGCCUUUUGAUGAGUGCGUAAAAUUCAUCUUAGUAUGAUAAUCAGUUCGAGGAAUUUGAAACUCUUAUUUUUUCCUUUUAUUCGUAACACGCUUAAAUCGGGCGAUUUUCAAAAUCCAGUAUUGCAGCCAUUCUCAAUCUCUAUUUGUACCCAUCAUCUUAUGCCAUUUGAAAUGUAGGGGCAUUUACAUGCA